AUGGAAGGAAGUAAUAAUUUGCGUGAAUAUGGGCACCCUGUUCGAAGGUCAAGGCGAACUCAAUCAUUUUAUUGGAAUAGAGAAGUUCCCGCUAUAUUAUCAGUUUGUUCUGGUUCAGGGAGUUCAGCUGUAACUAAAUUUAGUGCUAAACAAGCACGAAAGGUUGCUACUUUAACGGGAGAUGCAUGUGAUGAACAACGGAAAAAAAGGAGAGUAAAAACUGGAGAACAAUCUGGUUGGCACCAAGCUGUAAGAUGUAAAGGAAUGGUAGCUUUGGCCACUGCAUCUUCUGGAGUGGCAGCAGGAUUACUUCCUGGAGGUAGGACUGCUCACUCAAGAUUUAAGCUCCCACUUCAGAGACUAGGAGAAUCUCUUGACGCUAACAUUAAGAGCUGGGCGACUGGAAAGGAAAGGAACUUAUGUGCACUGCUUUCGACUCUGCAGUGUCUAAAGGGAAUGGAAGAAAGUCCAUCAUCUACAAUUUUUGAUGCUAAGAUAACAGGAAUCCGAUUUGGGUUGCCAAGCAGUCAAGAAAUUUACUGUAAAGCAUCCAUUAGGGACUGUUCUAUCAGCCAUUCUAGCCAGCUGUCCAAUCCUUUCCUUGGUUUGCCUCUUGAAGCCAGCAGAUGUGAGUCCUGCGAGACUGCUGAGCCGGGGCAAUGUGAAGGUAUGAAAAGUUUAAAGAAUAAGAGCUUCUCAUAA